AUGUCCCUGAAGAUCCUGUCCAUCACCGUCCUGCUGUUCAUGGGGUCCCUUGGGUCCUCUGCAGCCAGCCAGGAGACCCGCUGUAAGUACAAAGUUAGAAAUGAUGUUUAUAAAACUCAUUUCUUACUCCAGUCCAACAGAUUUUAAUUUCUGUUUUUAAAUUCUAAUGUGCCUGCCUCUCUGCAGAUCUGUAGUUUUAAAUCUUAUCAAUUGCCUUUAGAAACUCAUUUUUACAGACUUAUUUUAUGUGAAUUUACUUUUUUCAAACACUUUUCCAUUUUAACUUGAUUAACUUAUUAGUAACACUUAAUAUUGACCAAUAAUUUACAGUAAAUAAGCCACUUACAGAACCUAAUAAGAUGCUUGUGAACAUUACUAAUGAUCAACAGUUUUAACAAAGUUUAAUUGACACAUUUAUCUCACUCUCAAUAGAAACAUGUUUAUAUGCCUGUCUAAAACAUCAAUUAGGUGUUUAUUAACAUACUAAGAUUUUACAAAAAAUAACUUCAAAUAUCAUACACUUGUAACAAAUUUUUUUUGGAGUUUAAAAAGUAAUAAGAUGCUUGUUUACAUUCAUAUAACAAUUUGACUCUUUAUUAAAAAUUCUUUUAUAUAAAUGUUUUUCUGAUUCCCUCCUUUACUGUCCUUGUUUGUUUAUGCACUCAUUUAUGAUAUUUCUUUAUUCAUUGGUUUGUUUAUUUGUAUCUUACUUAUUCAUUUUUUUGUAUUCUGUUUUUUCUUGUUUCUUAAAAAGGUGCUAUAUGAAUAAACUUAUUAUUAUUUGGAGGCAUUUUCUCAAGACUUCUGGUGACACCUGAUGUAACACAAGAAUGUAUUCCCUUUUCAAAGAACUUACUCCCCAGCUGAAGUUCAUAAAAAGGAGGAAAAACUAAAAAAAUUAAUUUACAUCAUAAGAAAAUGUAUAAAAGGAUUUUAUAUAUAACUUUCCUUGUUUCCCUCCUCGGUGUGUCUGUGUGUGUUUGUCAGAUGAGAGGUCUUUAUCUGUGCCCUGCUGUUAUGAAGCUGGCCCUUACAUACGAGAAAGGAUCAUCGAGUGCAUCAGACAGAUACCCACAAGGCAGUGCAACUUCAAUAACUAUGUGUAAGUAGAGCAUGCUUUGCACAUGUUUCAGUGCCGAUUUCUUGAAGCUAUUUGUUCUGCUUAAACCAUUAAAACAAGGCCAGUUGAACGAGGGACAUUGCUAAUAACCCGAUUCAGAACAAUUAUAAGUUUCAGAGGGGAAUACUUUUGUUCAGGUUUAAUAUGCUGUUUAAACUUUGGAACCUAUUGAUAGAAGAAGACUGAUCAUCUUGAAAUUGGCAUCAGUUUAAUGAGGUAAUGAAAAAAAUGAAUAUUUUCAUCGUUUUCUUCUGUUUCCAGGGUCAAAACUGAGUCAGGAGAAUGGUACUGUAUUCAAUCUGAGUCAAAGUGGAUGAAAAGUCAAAUACAGAAGGUAAGAAUCAGUCCAUCAGCUUCUUCUGUUGCCACCUUUGCCAUUCUAGAAAAUAUCAAUUGAGCUAUCCUUCAGUGCUAAAAGUUGUUCAUGUUUGGUAGGUUCAGUUAAAAGGACAAUUACACUAAUCAUCUUGAUAUAAAACCUAUAAAGUGAGUCUUUGUUACCUAAGAGGUAAAAUAACGUCUGAAUAACUCAUGCCACCCCAAUAACAGCAACAGAUUGUAUAAAGCCUAAAAGCUCCAUCUCUGUGUUAUCUGAAGUCUCUUGAAAAUUAAAAUUAUAAUACACAUGAAUAAAAUCCUCUAAAACAUGCAUCCUGUCACUACAGAUGCUGGUAACACUGUCAGACAAAAUAAACAACAUUUUCUUAUUCCUGUCUCCUCCGCAGGGAGCAGUCGUCUGUACACCAGAAAUCUAA